UGUAAGCACGUGUGCGUGUGGUUACUAAUCUGUUAGUUGGUGAUUACCUAGAAGUGUAUAAUAAUAAUAAUAAUGUGUACAGAAUUGAAUACAAAUAUUGAAGUCAUUGUCGGUACAUAUGAGGAGUUUCUCUUAGGAUACAAGCUUUGCUUUUCGCCGUCAUCUAAGAUUGGAUAUAGUCUCCAAACCAGCUUCACAAAUCAUGGACACACAGCAUCUGUCCGUAGUUUGGCUUCUAGCACUAAGCACUUAGCAUCUGGAGGUGCAGAUGAAACCAUUAGAUUGUUUAAUAUGAAAACUCGUCAAGAAGUUGGGACACUUAUUCAACAUGAUGGUACAGUUACUUGUAUGGAGUUUCUGGAUAGUUCUCAUCUGGUUAGUGGCAGUGAAGAUGGAACAAUUUGUGUUUGGACAACAAACAACUGGCAGUGUGUAAAGACCUUGAGAGGGCAUAAAGAUGGGAUCAUCAGUCUGUCAGCUCACCCUACAGGAAAACUACUGUUGAGUAUAGGGAAAGACAAAACUCUAAGAACAUGGAACCUCAUUAAAGGCCGAUCAGCCUAUGUUACAAACAUAAAAGCAGUGGGAGAGUUUGUUCUUUGGUCACCAGAUGGUUCCAAGUUUUUGGUUUCAUUAAAGAACAGAAUUGAUGUCUACAGUGUAAAGACGACAGGUAUUAUUCAUUCCAUAGACUUUGGAAGACGAGCAAGUUGUGCAACAUUUCUGAAUGACCAUGUGCUGGUAGUUGGUGGUGAAUCUAAUAAGUUGGAGCUGCAUGAUAUCACUAGGAAAUGUGCACUACAGAUGUUUGAAGCUCAUAAAAACAGAAUCAAAGGUCUGUAUUGUGUGAGAAAUUUUGGAACAAAGCAGUCAAACAGUUUAGUUCUGUCAACAUCCAGUGAUGGCUUUAUUAAAGUGUGGAAGUUCAAGUCAAGUAAGUUGGAUGAACAUCCAUCUCUGUUAACGGAACUUGACACCACUUGCAGACCAACUUGUUUAACUGUGUGUUAUGAAAGUCCAAUAAGAAAAGCUGUAACUCAGCCUUCAUUAGACGUCUCUUCUCCCAAGGAAGAACUACAAACAUCAGAAAUUGCAGUUUAUGAAAAUAAGAGGAAGAGAAACUCGAGUACAAAGUCAUCACUGAAGAAGAAGAAAAAAAUAAUAUGAACCUGCAAUUUCUUGUUUGUAUAUAUAUACAAAGUUCUAUGCUAUUUGAUAUAAACCUGAUCAAUAAUAAAAGAGUCCAGCUUUAUUGUUUCAGGUUA